GGAAGCGAAUUGAAAGAUGUGGCGAUUGUGCGACGGCUGCCCAACGUUGAGGUGCUGUCGCUGUCCAUCAAUCACAUCACAUCCCUCUGCGACUUCGCCGCCUGCAGACAACUACAGGAGCUAUACUUACGGCAAAACAAGAUCCAAGACAUCAAUGAAUUGCUUUACUUAAUCGAUUUGCCGGAACUCAAGAAGCUAUGGCUGGCGGAGAAUCCGUGCUCUGAGUUCGACAAUUACCGCUCGACUGUACUUAAAGCGCUUCCAAAUCUCGAUUUCUUGGACAACGUUAGAGUCACUCCAGAAGAGCUUAUGCGCGCUGAGAGGGAAGGCUAUGACCUUCAAUGGCCGGGAAGCGAUUGCGAGGACAACGACGAGAUUAAUCAGCAAAUCUUACCACAAGAGUCACAAACAGCACCGGUUAUAGCGUCACAACAACAACAACAGCAACAACAACAACAACAACACGUACCGCAACCGCAACAGCAAACCUAUCAAACACCACAACCCAUUGCAUCACAACCACAACAGAUGACACAAGAAGUGGCGGCUAUUGCCAGCGCUAACGGCAACGGAAACGGCAAUACUUCGUAUCAAAUGCCGAAUAAUACGAAUCAUAACCAGAAUUCUUCCGCAAAUUCCUCUCCGAUCGAAACGACAACACAAUUGCCGACAAGAAAUCAAACAAUGAUUAAAUCAAACUCAUUGUCUGAUUAUAAUCUCUAU